CACUCAUGGGCACUUCGCUCGAUCGUCCGAGAGUGGGGACUUUGCUAUAAGAAGAUAAAUGACAGUACAACGAGUCAGUUUACGGUUAGACCACCGUACGCAACCGAUACCGAGCCACGGGACCACCGAGUCUUCCCCCCUUGUCCGCGUCCAUCACCGAGAAGAGCCCACUCCGCCGCGGCGUAUUGCGAAUUUUUCCACGUGCCAGAGAAGAGACACCGAAGAGGAUAACAUGUCGGUCAACUUCAGGAGCGUUCUUAUAAGCGAUCCCGUGGACGAAUCUUGCGGAGCGCUGCUCGCCCAGCACGGUAUUCCAGUUACGACGAAAUAUAAGCUGCCAAAGGAUGAGCUGAUCAUCGAGCUGCAGAAUCACGAUGCCCUUAUCGUACGAUCCGAGACCAAAGUUACGGCGGAUGUUUUUGCCGCUUGCCCACAUCUCCGCGCGGUCGGACGAGCUGGCACCGGCGUUGACAACAUAGAUCUUCAAGCUGCCACACGUAAAGGAGUAAUCGUAUUAAACACCCCGGGCGGCAACAGCAUUAGCGCUUGCGAGCUAACAUGCGCCCUGAUCUCCACGCUCGCGCGCAACGUGGCGCAAGCCGCACAAUCGCUGAAAGAGGGCCGAUGGGAUCGGAAGCUGUACUCCGGAUACGAGCUGUCCGGCAAGACGCUCGCGAUCCUCGGGAUGGGCCGCAUAGGCCGCGAGGUGGCCCACAGAAUGCAGAGCUUCGGCAUGAAUAUCGUUGCCUUCGACCCGAUCUUGAAGGAAGAGACCGCCGCCGAGCUUGGUAUUAGGAAGCUCAGCUUGGAAGAAAUAUGGCCCAUCGCCGACUACAUCACCGUUCACACGCCGCUCAUACCUCAAACCAGAAAUUUAAUCAAUGCUACGACCUUGGCACAAUGCAAGAAAGGAGUAUACAUCGUUAAUGUCGCACGUGGCGGCAUUGUUGAUGAGGAGGCUCUUUUGAAUUCAUUGAAAUCCGGCCACUGCGGCGGAGCAGCUUUGGACGUUUUCGUGGAGGAGCCGCCGAAGAAUCCGAUCACUUUAGAGCUCAUUAAACAUCCGAAAGUCGUCCCGACCCCUCAUCUCGGUGCCAGCACGGCGGAAGCUCAGCAACGAGUAGCGGUAGAAAUUGCCCAGCAAUUCUUGGCUCUGUCCGGCAAAUCGACAGAGUACGCCGUCACCGGUAUCGUGAACGCCCCGGUCUUAUCUGCCGCCAUGACGAGCGAGAACGAACCUUGGAUCGAAUUAUCAAAGAAAUUGGGUCGAUUGGCCGGUCGCUUCCUCAAGGGCAAGCUAAACACAGUCGUUCACAGCCACACCAUGGGGAACGGCAUGCAGGACAAACAAUUUAUACACACGGCCGUUCUGGUCGGCGUGCUAACCGGCCAGACGAAGAAUGGCUUGAAUCUAGUUAACGCGCCCACUCUGGCGCAAGAUAUCGGCGUGGAGUUGCGAGAGGGUCACAUAGAGGAUGACAACAAGGCGGUCAUCGUGAAAGUUGGAGAACAUGUCAUCAAAGGAACCGUGCGUGACAAUCAGUCGCUGUUGCUCGCUUUAGACGACGCCGUCUUUAUCAAUGGCAUCGUGCUCAGGGACUACAUUUGCUUAUAUCGGGCGAACCGAGUGCAGGAUCUCGCCAGCAUCGUAAACGUUUUCUCGUCGAAGAGCAUCAAUAUCCACAAUUUGAAUGCCAAUGGCAGCUGGGUCAUCAUUCAGACCGAUCAGGAGGUCUCGAUCCCGGUGGACGAGAUCGAAAGCUUUUGAGCGCAUCCACGUGCUUCCAAGAGAGACACAUCGACAAUGAAGUGAUCCUUGAGAAGAGACGGGAAUGCGGGAAGUCCGAAUUUUGAAGAAUCCAGUAUUGUCUAAUUGCUACAAAUACGCGGGAAGCUCUUAUGCUACUCUAGAAAUAUGCAUCUUUUUAAUUAGAUAAAACUCAUUUGUAAUAUCAUUAUUUAUUAUCCGAUUGUCGAAGUAGAUGAUUAAGAAAAGCGAAGUAAAAAUCAAUAUUGAUACUAAUACACACUAUGAUAUUUCUUUUUCUUAGGAUGGAAACUAUAAAAAGUAUAGGUAAAAUAUUCUUGUUAUGUAUAGCGACAUAUUAAUUGUUAGCAGAAAAGUUGCGCUUUUUACACACGUACACACAUAGAAAUGUAAAAAGAGAUAUAUAUAAAAACUGUAUCUAUUUGUGUAUUUAUAUUUUUGUAUUAUUAGAGACUUUGUUAAUAAAACAUCACAUUAUCAAA